UCACUUCAACUGCGCGUUUACAAUGUCAUUGGCUUGAAUUUGAAUCAUUUAGCCAUGUUUUACUGGCCAAAGUUACUUGUGAAAUAAGUAAUGAUGGACAGCGACAGCUCAGUGUGUGCAGCAAUAAAACACAAACGACAUCUGGGAGCACGUGAGUAAUCCCUCGUUCACGUGACGAAUAGUUUUUAGUCAUGGCCGACGACUACAGGCGACAAGGGUUGGAGUUGGAGAGAAGGAUAUUUGAGUUGGACAUCAAGUGCUCUAGUCUCAGAGCUGAGAAGCAAGACGAUGACUAUUUACAGAACGCGUCAGCCAUACUAGACAAGUUGAAAAGCCAUUUCAGACAAGGAGGGGAAAGUAGCAAUCUUUCCAAGCUGCUUCAGGAUUAUACGCAGGUGAUCCUAGACAUCACAUUUUAUGAAGAGAACAAACUGGUGGACCAGGAGUUUCCUGAGGACUGUUCGCCAUUUAAAAUUCAGCAACUGCUGCAAGACCUGACCGAGCCAGAGGUUUUGACAGGGAGGCUAGCACCAGCGCAAGAGGUGCAGUCCCUGUUGGGCUUAGAGCUGUUGGAAUGCCUCUAUUGGAGACGUGGAGCUCUGCUGUACAUGUACUGUCACACCCUUCAUCAACGAAAGCAGUGGAUCAAGAAAAACAAGGACACAUUCCUUAAGUGUAUUCAGGAAGGUGUGCGUUACUUGAUGCGGAUGCUGCAGGUGAGAAACUCUGUGAAGCUCAACGAUGGGGUAGUGCUUCAUGACACUGCUACAGCAGGCUUCUUAUCUGAAGGCAUCUUCUCAGACACACACCUGCUGACAAUGAUGUACAUUGGGGAAAUGUGUUUCUGGGCAGUUAAGUACGAGGACUGCAGCGCUGACAGUAUGGACCGGAAAGAAGAUCGCCUUCAGUUUCGGGACAUUGGCACUCAAAUUCUCAACAAAUAUGUGCUUGCCUGUGAGGGCCCUCUGCAGGGUCAGGGUUGGAACACAGAAAAUGCCAAGGAAAUCCUUAGUAUUUUACAGUGAAUCUGUUAAAGUUGCCCCCAGACACAGAUCUAAUUUCAGUGUUCAUUAGUGUCAACCCUAAAUAAAAAUUGAACCCAUCCGGUGGGGUGUAAUGUUGUGGAAGGUUGAGGGAAGGCACAUGGAGUAUGUGAAGAAAUUAGUCUUUCGAUCAGUGUCUACUGGCAACAUCAUCCAAUGCCAAAUGGCCCAUGGCCAAAGCACAUCAAUGAGAAAGUAAAGGAGAGGAGGUGUAAAACUGGCAGGUGCUGCAGAGGAGGCUGUUGAGUAAUUAUUUGCCCUGUCCUGCUGAAAAAGCAGUUAUCAUCCUGAUUACAGACUGUUGACUGGGGCACCUGCUUUGCUCUAAGAAUGUCAUUAUAAAUAUAUUAAUAUAAAAAAGUUAUUAAUGAAAUUGACAUUUUUUUUGAUUCCUUUUCUAAAAUAUUGUUACAAGUUUUAAGAUAAUCCAGCUGGAAAAGAGACAUUGCACAGUAACCUUUUAUUUAUUUUGUUUUGUUUCCAUUUUGUUAUGCUUUUAAUAUAAUUUACAGAUACCUUAAAUAUGUGUGUAUGAACUACACACACGAGAGGCAAAGUGUUGACAAUGUAUUCAUGACCAUUUAAAGUAUGUUCAGAUUUGUUCAUGUACCAGCUUUGUAAUGAGCCACUUGUAUUCCCAUCUAUUGCAAGUUCAAUUUUUCUGCCUCUUGAGUAUCUUUGAUAGUAUAACUAUAAGUAGAGACUGUGUUGUUUGGAUGAAAAUCAAUUUCUGUUUUUUAAUGUCCUUGGUGACAAUAAACACGUCUGUUGUUUUAAAA